GCGCAAUAAGCACCUUUUGCGUUUUAGAGUUAGAAUUUUAUUCGUGUAAAAGAUGGAUUCCUAUCCUCACGUAGGACAACACGAAUCCCGUGCAAAACGGAUAAAACUUGAUCUUGGCGACUCUAAUAUCAGUGAAUUGUGCAACGGUGAGGUUUUUUCUUGCUUUUCCACUACUACAACCAGCCCGAUUGACGUAUCUGAAGGUACGUCAUCAGCAGACUGCGAUUCCGGCUAUGAAGCGAGCACGAUGGAAUCGAUGCCAACGCCUUCGAGGCGUGACUCUCCUGGUAGGGCAGGUCUAUCUGCCGAUGAAGCUGAAAAGGGUGAGUCCGUAGAAGACGAAGAGGAGGAUGACGAUGACAAUGCGUCUACCGUCAGUGAAUUGAGCGGAUUGAGCGACCUCAGCGGGCAGGAUUGGAAACCUAUGGCGGGCAGCAUGAUAUGGAUUCAACAACAAAUGCAGAAAGGCACGAAUCCCAGAAGCCUUUUAUCCGAUCUAGGGGUUGAUUACGAUCAAAUUCCCGAGUACGUGGAUGACGUGACCAUCUGGAAGAUCAUCAUCAAUAUGUUUGCAGAACCACCUCGUAGAAACAAGUUGAGACAUGUGAAUACAUUGGAUGACAUUAUACGACUACUGAAAGGUGCACAGAACAUCAUAGUGCUGACAGGAGCCGGAGUAUCCGUGUCUUGUGGUAUUCCAGAUUUUCGAUCCAGGGAUGGCAUUUAUUCCCGACUGGCCAUCGAUUUCCCCAACCUUCCAGACCCACAGGCCAUGUUCGACAUUAGUUACUUCAGCCAAGAUCCCCGACCGUUUUAUAAAUUUGCCAGAGACAUCUAUCCCGGAAAGUUUCAGCCUAGUCCUUGCCAUAGAUUUAUAAAAUUACUAGAAAAGAACAAGAAACUAUUAAGAAACUACACGCAAAACAUCGACACAUUAGAGAAAGUGGCGGGAAUUGAAAGAGUUAUUGAAUGCCAUGGAUCAUUUGCGACAGCAACAUGUACAAAGUGUGGACAUAAGGUUAAAGCCGAUGCAAUAAGGGACGUGGUACUUGCUCAAAAAAUACCUCUUUGUGAAAUCUGUCAUGUGGAUCAUAGGGAAACGUCAAUUUCAACAGAUGAUUUCAAAGCUGAAGAGGAAGGCAGGGAUUACAGAGGGCUGGUUGCAUCUGGAAUAAUGAAACCCGACAUAGUCUUUUUUGGCGAGGGACUCCCCGACUCCUUCCACACAGCGAUGGCAGAAGACAGACGCCAUUGUGAUCUUCUCUUGGUCAUCGGCAGCAGCUUGAAAGUGAGACCCGUUGCCCUGAUUCCUGGAUCGCUACCACCUAACGUCCCGCAGGUGUUGAUCAACAGGGAACCCUUACCGCACUGUAGAUUUGACGUGGAACUCAUGGGGGAUUGUGAUGCCAUUGUGAACCAUCUCUGCCAGCUCUUGGGUAACAAAUGGGAAGAGGGCGUGUACAGUGACACAGUCCUGAGACAAAGCAACACUCUUCUACCUCUAGAAGAAGAUCCAUAUUAUCCAGAAGAUAGUGAUAACGCGUGCAGUUGUCGACAGUUCACAAGUGUCACUAGCGCUUCAUCAAGCUCGGCCACGGCGGAAUUAUACUGCAGGAAAUGUGCCGAGAGUCAACAAAAGUCAAUUACUACUGAUAAUCUAGAAGAGGGUAAAAAAGAAAGACAUAUGAGUAUAGACUCUGCCAGAGAUUCAGGCAUAGGGGAAAAUAGUAAUUUCACAGAUAGGUGUGAAGAGUCAUCAGACGAGACGGAAGGUGCCACCAGCAGUAGCAGUGGAAGAUUUGGGUUAGUUUCGAAAAAUCACGAGGUGAAAUCAUCAGAUAGUAUGAUUCAGGAUAACAGCCAAUCCCCCACCUCAACAGAUCUUCGUGGUUACUGGCAACCAAAAGUGAAACGCAGCCUCGCUGACAGACUGCCUCAAAACGGUUUUCACCUUAUUCCUCCGAGCAGAUACAUUUUCCCUGGCGCCGAGGUCUACUAUGAUCCCGACGAGAAAUUGCACUACGAGGUAGAUGAUGCAUCCUCCAUGGAAGAUGAUGACAGCGAUAGAGAAAGGGAAAGGGACGAAGAUAGGGAUCAGCAUAUUCAAGAUCUGGAACGACAGACCGGAGAGCGGGAAGAGUCGAUAAGCAUAUAAGAAAAAAACCGUGAGUAGGUCUGGUUGACUGUUAAGAAAUGCGAUAUUCGGGGCAAGGCUUGAUACGUUUGGUAGUCAUGCCUGUAUAGGGAUAGAGAUAGAUUGGGCAUUGUUAAGAUCACAUCUACUGACAGCCAUGAGAGAAAUUUAAACCGCUUUUGAAUCGUUCACUGUCACUCUGUAUUGAAUGCUUCCAGCAUGUGAUUUGAUCUCAGAUUAUUGGCUCAAUGUGUUUGAGGUUUGCUUAGCCACUGUUCUAACCAAAAGUAACCCGAAGGCAUCUCGACUCCAACCCGAUAUCGUCUCGUUUUAAAGUUGUGAAAAACAUCGCUAAGUAUGUAUUUACUAGUAAGAAAGCGAAUGACAAAUAGACUGUUUUUAUUCUUGAAAACAUUAUUAAAAUGAAAAGUAUUUGAUAUGUAUUGACUGUGGAAUUUUUUAUUCACCAAAUACUCGAGCACCCUGAAAACUUGGCGACCACUAAAAAAGGUUCUGAGAAAAGUUUCAGGGUAUCAAAAAAGAAAUUUGCUAAUGUCCUGAGAUAUAACCUAGACAAUGACCUCAGAGGUCAUUUGGACCUCCACUUUGUAGAUUAGUAAAUAGCAAACAGCAUCUUUGACAGCAAAUUCCUAUCGAGUUAGAGUGUAAGUGGUUCAAUCUGCUUGACCUACUGUAACGUCUGAAAAGUUCGCGAACCUCCCUGAAACUCAGUAAUAUGCAUUUUUUGGAAAAAAGCUUCAGAGAAGAGUUUCAGGGGUAUCAGAUGUGCAAUUUAUUGAUGACUUCAGAUAUGCAGAUUCACAUAUGUGAAUACGAGUCUAACAACUUAUUCUGUAGAAGCAGCCAGUUUGAUGUUCCAAUUGAAUAACUUCAAAUAGCACAUAAAUGUGAUGGAAAGUACUUUCAUCAUAUUAUCAAUGAUUUUUGGACACACAAUCGAAACGUUAGAUGAAGUGUUACAUCAUUGACAUCCACAAGUAGAAAUUGGGUUGAAUUUGAGUUGCUUUUACCUCAAUGGGGUUUCCAUAAAAAAAUGACAUUUAUAUAAUGCAUAUUAAUAUCAUCUUGAAACUUGUCCCCAUUGUAUUUUUUCUGUUUGAUUCCCCUUAUGAUUUAUGUGGUUUUAAGCUCCAGAUUUAAAAGGCAUAAGAUCGAUUCAUGUAUAAGUCAGUAGCUGUGAUAACAGAGAAUAUGCUCUUAGAUAGGUUCAUAAAUGGUAUUGUUUCACUGGUAUAUCAAGAAUACUGAAUGGCAUUGAAUUGUCAACAAAAAUGAGCAUACUGUUUAUAAGCCAGGAAAGCUCGAGCAGAUAUGGUAUGUGGAUAGUAGUAAACUUCUUUGCUAGACAAAAAACACCUCCGACCCCCAAAGGAAUCUCAUUGAUACAUUUAGUAAAGUAAAAAGUAAAAUAAUAUGUAGAAAAUAAAAUCACACUCAAAUGGGUUCAUCCCUUGGGAGCUUUGUUGCUACAAAUACACAAACCUCAAAAAGGUCCUCUACUUGUUUUUUGGUUGGGACAAGUUAGGACUCUUAAAUUCGAAGCAAUGGAAUUGAUGAAUGGAUGCUAUAUUUCAGCUUAAAAGUGACAGUUAAAAAUUUCAAGCCACUAAAUUGAUACCUAAUUUCGAAUCGCCUUGUAAAUAAUUCAUAACCCUAGAGUAUUAAAUCACUAUCUAUCAAAAUGGCAAACUGGGAGGCUGUCGAAGUUGAGCGUUUUUGAACAUUGAUACGCAUAUAACUCAAUAACUAAUCAUCAGAACGUAUGUUAUAGUAAUCUACUUACUUCUUUUGAAAGGGAGUAUCUGAAUGUGCAAUAAACUAUGGAACAUUCAGCUUAAAAAAAUGACAGGUCUUGACAUUUUUUAAAUGGAAUGUAUUUUAUUACAUAUUCGGAAAGACCCUUCCAAGAGAAGCUAGAUAACAUAACAUACAUGAUAACAUAAUUUAUACUUUAGCCAAAUAGUAGUUAUAUAAAGGGAAGAUAGACAAGGCGAAUCAAAUUAGAGAGACAAGAUCACUCCAAAGACAUGGCGUUGAAAACCACUGUCUUGCACAUGUUUGAUUAACUAACACCACUCCUUUUUGCGUCGGAGGUUUGUAGAGGAAUAUAUCUGUUCUGAAUUACCAUGUUUUUUUUUUGUCUAGCUUAGGUUUAAUAUUAUUUUUAUGCAAAUUCAGAAUAGUUAUAUAAAAUUCAAUUUUGAUAAGCUAGAAAACCAUAAUAGCUGUACAAAAUUUUAAACAAACCUAUAUUGAAACAAAUUAGAUUAGAUUACAAGAAAGGAACCUAGCCAAUGCUCCUUAACUAGACAUACAUUGCAACUAGUUUUUCGUCUUUUCCGAUAGAAUAAACAGUCAUAAAAAUUUUCUGAAUUUGUAUACAUUAUUAUCAUUGAUUAACGCAUUCUACUCGAAAAUAGCCAAUUUAAUACACUAUUCCCGCGUCAUAAAAUUAUCCAAUAUGUAAUGAGCUACUGUAGCAUCAUCGAUGAGUAUUUGUGUUAUACAGGGUGUCCUGAAAGUUGGGACAUUCCUUUUCAGAGUCAACUACGUUUGCAAACCAAAGCUUAUUUGUGGCAAAAUGAUACCGAAAACGAAAAACAUAAAUAGAAGAAAGAUACUCACAAUUCCUUUGGUAAGGAAUUUGAAGUACUGCACUGUCACAUGUUUUGUUUGUUUAUUACUUCCUAAAUUCGCAACAUUUGGCGCUGUCUAGGUCUUCAACUGUGUUCAAUCAGAUGGAUUUUCACGAUAUACACAAAUGCAGCUCUGAUGGAAAGAAACAUCGAGGCCGACGGACUGAGUACACUCGUGGAGUAUCAAUAUGAUCUUGAAGAUACUCAUCAAAUCGAUAACUACGUUAUUGCUCUAGGAAUGUGGCAAUUUCUGUUUUUCAGUUACAGUUUGUUUAUGAUAAACACCGCGCAAAAGCUGGUUUGCAUACUGACUGGUUCAUUUAUUGCUUUUUCGAACCUAAUAUCUCGGUUACCUUAAAGUUCGGUAUAUAUAUUACUAAAAAAGUCCCAACUUUAUAACUUAUAUACUUUGAGGUUAGUGUCUCAUAGAUGGCGUUGUCUAUAUUACCGUACGUCUUAGAAUGCAGUUCAUAACUAGAUUAGGUUGUGUGGUGUAGAUCCUUGGUUUAUGAGGAAUGGUUAGCAGGGAAGCUCGCUAUUGCCGUCAGUACAGCUAUGACCGAGCAAGAAGUACCUUUGUCUAUUGCAUAACGGAUUAUAAUAAAGUUUUUAACCAAUCGUCUUGAAUGUUAACUCUGUUAGAUAUAUUUUACUUCUCAAGCGGAAGCACCCUCCCCCCUAAUGGGCGCCCACGAAAAUAGCUGUGAUAAUAAACUCUCAUAGGUGAUGCUAAGGUAUCUCAUUUCAUCUCGGAUAAUUUUUCGGACGCGCGCAUAUAGCAUUAGAUUGGCUAUCUGUACGUUAAUCCAUGGUAUUAUUUAUUAUGGGGUGCAAACAUUCUAAACCAAAUCUCGGAUAUGUAAAAUAUUUUAUUGUUGUUGUGUUGGAAUAUGUGUACGUGAGGACAAAUUAAAUACAGAAUGAUUCAUAAAUAUAAUAUAUAUUUCCCAUCUAUAUUUAAGUUGGGAUAUGAUUAUAAAAUGGGAUAGUUUCUGUUCAAGCUUAUUUAUAUUUGUUUCCAGUGAAUCAGUUUGUAUGAUCAAAAAUGUGUGUAUUGUGGACUUUUUUCUAUUCAAAAGUACAGAGACGUUGAAACAUGAUCUCCAAUGAAAUGACGAUUUUUUUUGAAAUUAAUUACAAGAUGCCUAGUUUUUAGUCUAUCUUGUAAGUUAUGGCAAAUACCUUCACCAAAAUUUUGUAUACUUUCCAGAUAUGUUUAUAGUUGAAAUUAAAGAGGCUUAAAAUACAAAUAUUCUUAGUAUCUGUGCAUGACUUUAAUGGAAUCUUGUAUAUAAUGGAAGAUAUGAAAAUUGACUGAAUCCUAUUUAUUUUUCAAUAACUUGCUGUAAAGUUGUUCAUUUACUUUUUUAGAUUUUGGGUGUCCAGUGACAAGGUAUAUUGUAUGUAUUAUAGUUAUUAUCAAGAUUAAUUGUUGUUAUGUUUUUAAGUAAACGUGUGACCAUAGUGUGGAGUUAGGUUAAUAGUAUAUAUAUACUUGAAGGAUAUUUUUAUAAUUUAGUGGAAACAACAUUUUGUAAAUAUGUUCAUAACUAUUAAUAGGUAGAUGAACCCUUUCAAUAUGAAUUUCUCUAGGUGCUGGCAGAAUAUUUAGUGGCGGAAACAUAUUUUUUAAACUUUGAGUAACAGCUUUCUCGUUAGAAAAAUUAUUGAUGGUUUUCAAAGUUGAUACGAAAACGUUUGAAUAUCUGCUUAUUGAUUGAUGAACUGUACAUAAUGAUUACCGCAGAAGUUUUUUUUAUACCUGCCACUAAUUUCACAUGUAGUAUUUUGAAAACAGCCUAUUGAAACGUCUGGAUACCGGGAAUAAUUCGGUAGAUAUAUUGAUUGAAUAAGAAAUGGAUAUGGAAUAUGAGAUUCGGAGUAUUGAAUACGAUGUGAUUUUUAUUGAUUAGUUGUGUAUCUGGGGCCUUGAGCGGGCGUUUAUGACCGGUGACGUGAAAUUGAGUCUAAGGUACAUACCACCAUCAUUAAAUUCGAGCCGAGACCAAUGUUUUGUUGAUAGCAAAGUGUAUCAGCAUCUAACUUUAUUUAAAUAUGCACGGAGUCCCAAAAGGCAUGUAAAGGUGGUAGUAGUAGUAUCCUAGUAUCCAAUUACGCACGGCUUUUGAGUGAUCGCCAUUUUGAAGAAUUUGUAGAAAAUCGCCACUUGGGCAGGCGUUGGAUGGAAUUGAGUUUGCAAAAUGUGAGGACCCCACUUUAUCAGCUAAGAAAAGGUCCCCUUCCUCUUACGUAUAAAGGAAAUAGGUGAUGAUUGGAGCAAUUUGAUUGGUUAUUUUGAUUAAUUUAUAUUAUUUUUUAAUUGAAGGAAUAGGUUGUUAAAUGAAGCAGUAUAACAAUGUUGUUAAAACAAUAUUCAUUAUCAAUAAAAAAUAACUUGAUAAAUACGCCAGUUUGACCCAACAAACUAGGUUAAAAUUAGCUUUAAAAUAAAUUAAUCUUCAAAUAUUCUUCGGGAUCUUAUGGGGUAAAGCUUUAGGUUCAAUUUACAUAUUUAGCAACCUCAAAAAUAAUGUUUUUUAAUUAAGUGUUUAAUCAUUGGACAAUUUAAGGGUUUUCAGACAUUAAAGGGCUUAUAGCUCGAAAACGACUAAAUUUAGAAAGCAAUUACUGAGGACGUUUCUAGAGCAGAAUGAUCCGAGAAAUCGGAAAGAAAUUGCCUCAAAAGCAAAAGCACUUGAGAGGGGAGGGAUUAAAAAAAUGGACCAUAAAGUGGCCCGGCAGGAUCCGGAUUAUUAUUAUUAUUUGAGUUGACAUCUGUUCUUAAAGUAGGAGGACUGUGCAUAUUUUGCAAACUCAGUUCCAUCCAGCGCCUGGUCUACGUCAGAAACAUGCGCCUGGGUAAUUAUUUGAAAUUGAAUCCUUGCUUAGCAUGUUCCGCGUCUCAAGAUAGAGAACGAGGACGUCUCAUCGUUACUCAAGGUCCCAUUUAGGAUGAUGUUAUAAUAGGAUUCCAUAAGUGUAGGGUUAAAGCCUUUAACCUCCACAACAAUAAAAUCUUACGAUUCUAAAUAAAUUUGAAAGUUGAAAUUGAUGUGGUGAAUUUAGGCACUGCUUGAAGAAAAAAGUAGAAAUGGGGUUUUCAUGUGUUUAGCUAAUAUCAUUUAUAUGUCAUAAUCCUUGAUAGGAGGAUUUAAAAUAAAAAUGUAAAAUAGAAUGUACAAUUUCGAUCAUGCUGCCAUCGUUUUUUUUAAAUUGCAACUCAAACUGGAAUUUGAUCUUACAUUCUUAUUUGUUAUAUUGCUAUGGAGCAAAUUCUGCAUUCAAACACUUUAGACAUUUUCUUUAGGUUUUACAUGUUUCUAAGGCUUUAUAAUGUUAUCAAAGAUCCAAAAUAUUUCCAUGGUUUCUGAAAUCUUAUGCACAUUAAACAGUAUUUUCUAUUUCAAGGAAGAAAAAUAACAUUUCUAUUUUAUGUUGGUAUUAGUUUCUUGAUAAAUCAGUAGCAAAUAUGUGUAUCUAACGUGAAUGUUGUAUCAUCCAUCUGCUUUUAAUAGUUAGUUUGCAUUUACAGUGUAUGUGUUUGUAACGCAUGCUUUUUUUUAAAUCAGGUUUACUGAAGUUUUAUUCCAAAAGCUUCUCCCUUAAUCUGGCCAAGAAAAUAAUCUAUCAGAUGACUUUAUUUGUUUUUUUUGCUGUCUAAACAGCGUUUUGUAAAGUAGAAAAUCGGAAAAUGUGAAAUAAUUUUGUUGUUCAAAACUCAAGUUAUUAAAUCAUUUGACCAAAUUAAAGGAGAUGCCUAGAUCAGGGAGACAACCACAGGAUAUUUUAUAGAAGUUUCAUUAAUAUAGAUGUUAUAGAUGCAUAACCUUAAAUUUUACAGCUUUGUUAUAGGUUUUCACAUUUGAUGCAUUUUGUUAAUAGUUUACACUAUUUUACACAUUAUAAUCUCAAAAUACGGUUUGAUUAUUGUAUGCGUAAAGGUUCAGACUUUACAGAUAUAGGAUUAAUCAAUCAUUUUAUCUCAUUCUCAGGCAUCUGUCACAGUUGUUGAUGUGACUCUAUUAGUAUUAGUAGGGGAGCUCAAUAUGGGAUUUGAUGAGGACGGAUACCUUACCACCACAUGCAGAAAAAUCCAUAUAGCACUGAAGUUGCAAUAUGUACGAGAGAGAAGCAUGCAAUAUGUAUGUUAGUAUGAGAUAGAAGCACCACGUUGCCUAGCAGAACGAGUCGCCUCCACGGACGCAGCUGCAGCGUGUCGAGUUGCCAUCGGCGUACUCUUUCUAACAUACGUAUUGCACACUUUAUGCGCUUCUCUGUUGUACACAUCACCUCGUCAGUGAUAUCUGGAUGAUCUUCAAAACUGGAUAGGUCUGUACGACUCUCGAGUAACUACCCAUUUAGCGUCUUAGGGGCUAUAUCACUACGCUGUAUGGUUUAUUUUGAAUGUAUUAUUUUGUACUUUUUGUAUGCAGAGCAAUGAGGCGAAUGUGACAAAUAUAUUCUUAAGAAACAAUCGCGUCGCAUCAACAAAUGUGGAAGGUGCGUUAUUCAGAAUAAGCCAGCUUGGAUUUUUACACAUCCGUAUAAAUAAAUGUGUGGGACACUCCCACCCACUAUGUGUUUUUGACUGGCUUUUAUGUGAAAUCAUUAUUUUUUCAUGUUACAAAGUUCCAAAUAUUUAUACUUAUGAGGAUACAUGUGGAGCAUUUAAGAUAUAAUUAUUUUUGUACAAGUAUUUAUUUAAUUUUUUAUCAUUUUUCUGUAUAAGUUGGAUUACAUAAAUGGUAUUUGUUCUUAGUAACAGUUUUUUAUUUAUAUCUGUACAUAUUUUCUGAAUGGUACUAAAAAGCAAUAAAAUUGUUUCUUCUU